CGAUCGUGCAUGUUUUUGUAACUGACAGGACACAACGUGAGAAGGAAAUCUUAAGCUUACCUUCAGGGUAAUAAUAUCGAAUCCGAUCUGCUUGAUUUCACAAAGAAACAGAACAUUUUUGAACCCAUCAAGGUGGAAUAAUGCAGCAGUUCAGAUCGACUUCUAAUCAAGAAAUGCGAGUGGAAUUCAUAUCGCAUUUCUCUUCUACUCACACCGAAGAGGCGUUUUGUUGCAUGAAGACAAUGAGAUCGAAAGGCGAGUUAUGCGAUGUAAAUCUGCUCAUCGGCGAACCGCAAAGACGGAUUUCUGCUCAUAGAAUUGUGCUCGCGGCUUGCAGCCCCUAUUUUCAUGCUAUGUUUACGACGGAGUUGAUAGAAAGUAGGCAACGUGAUAUAACCAUUCAAGGUGUUGACCCUGAUGCCAUAGAGCUUCUUGUGGACUUUGCAUAUACGGCGAGGAUUCAAGUUAGCGAAGAGAACGUCCAGUCCUUGCUUCCCGCGUCAAGUUUACUACAACUGACAAGCGUGAAAGACGCGUGCUGUGAAUUUCUUAAAAAUCAACUUCAUCCAUCCAACUGUCUGGGAAUCCGGGCGUUUGCUGAUGCACACACAUGCGGUGAUUUGUUGGAGUCUUCGCAUCGGUUUGCCCUGCAACACUUCUUAGAAGUCUCGCAGACCGAAGAAUUUAUGCUGCUUUCCGUUGAGCAAGUUUUAGAACUCAUUUCAAACAGUGAUGUCAAUGUAGAGAGUGAAGAACAGGUCUACAACGCUGUUAUUAACUGGAUUAAGUUUGACUUGGACAACAGAAAGGUAUUUGUUCGAGAUCUUUUGCCAUAUGUGAGGCUACCAUUGUUAACUAGAGAGUGUCUGAUGACCCGUGUGGAAACUGAAGACCUUAUAAGAAACAAUCCAGACUGCAAAGACUUGCUUAUUGAAGCAAUGAAGUACCACUUGCUUCCGGAACAGCGAUCGGUUCUUCAGAGUCCCAGGACUAUCUGCCGCAAGCCCGCAGGACAGGUCCCGAUAUUAUUUGCCAUUGGUGGGGGCAGUCUGUUUGCUAUCCACAGUGAGUGCGAGUGUUAUGAUCCAAGGAUUGACAGAUGGUGUAUGGUGACACCCAUGUCUACCAAGCGUGCCCGUGUAGGGGUAGGGACAGUUGAUGGAAAAAUUUACGCUGUAGGUGGUUAUGAUGGCAGUAACGACCUAGCAACCGUUGAAGCGUAUUGUGCACAAAGUAAUCUCUGGUUGGUGGUACCAUCAAUGGGAACUCGUCGUAGUUGUCUGGGGGUGGCUGUUUUGAAUAGCCUGGUUUAUGCCAUCGGUGGCUAUGAUGGAGCAUCAUGCCUGAACAGUGUGGAAAGAUUUGAUCCUUUAACUGCGCAGUGGACUUCAGUCGCAGCCAUGAAUACAAGGAGGUAUGCUUUUAUUGAUCUAUCUUCAUUGUGAUGAUGGCUGCAAGUUCGUUCCAUUUUUAAUAUUGAACUGUGAAAAAAAACAGCAAAGCUGGUUUUGCCAAGUUAUCAUUAUGUAUUUAGGGAAGAAACUUCUCCAGAGGGGAAGAUUUAAAGGAAGUUUGGUUGGUGCUCUGCUGCUGAAGCCCUUUGAUUUUGACCCUGUUUUAUAAAGGCAAAAUACAUUAUAAUUGCAACCCUGUUUUAAGUACUGAAAUUGAAUACUUUUUUUAAAAAUUGACGAUCCCAUAAACCUAUACCAUGAAGAGUUAAUUUUUUUCAUAGAAAACAACGGGAUGACUAUUGUCAUGAUCUCAAAAACUUGUGUGAAUUAUCAGGAAUUACAGGAAAAUACAUGGAUUUUUCAAAAAUAAAGUUAUUUCGUCAAAGGGAUAACAUAGACGUAAGCAAAAAAAAGAAAAAAAAUGGUGAGGUAAAAAUGUUAAUAGUAAUUAAUUUUCUUUUAUGAGCUUUAAAUUCCAAACAUCUUAAUACAGAUAUUAGUAACAACAUAAUUAAUUACAUUAAAGUUUUGUUGCUCACAGCCACUUUGAUAAGGAGUUAAACUGGCAAACUUAAAGUGCCCAUCACCUAAAAUUUUUUGUCUUAUCUGAAAUUAUACCUUAUUAAAAUAACUUCUGCGACAAAAUUUUGCGAUUUGAACAAAAGCUGAUUUUUUUACAAUUUUUUGAAGUCUACAUUUUUGCGGUACACUCGCACCGCUGAUCAUGCAAACUAGCAAGCUCACAUAUGACGUCAUGUGACGUAAAUUAAGGAACUCGCAUUACCUUGCCUUCACCAGCUGUACAUAAAAAAGUUAAAUUCAAGUAAGGAUUGAAUCACAAUGUCUUCGUAAGAAGAAAGUUUUUCUGAAAAAGAAAAACCUAUCAGACCUCUUAAUGUUUUCCUGUCGAUAAGGUCACGUGUUCCUUAAAGUACAUCAUACUCCGAGAGAAGACUAAGACGAAUGGUGUGUAAAAUGGCGGCAAAUUUAAACGUUUUCAAAAAAUUGUAAAAAAGUUGGGUUUUGUUCAAAUCGCAAAAUUUUUUCGCAGAAGUUAUUUUAAAAAGGUAUAGUUUCAGAUAAGAAAAUAAAAAAUUUAGGUGAUGGGCACUUUAAAACAUGCUACUAAAGAAUUAACAGAGACCAAAAUCUCCAUUUUGAGAGUCACCUUAAUAGGAUCUUCAGGAGCUUUGAUGCCUCGAUCCAAACAGAACAAAAGAGUCAACAGAGUCUUAUUUAGUCGUCACUCUUAUUCUUACAUGUAUCCUUGUUGCUGGCACUAAGGAUCAUUGCUCAUGUUAGUCUUAGUUUUAGUUGAAGGGGGGAGUGGAAGGUCCUGUGUUUAAUUUUUUGGACUGGACCAAUACUUCGCAUCUUAAAAGGACCAAGGAAGAAGUUACAUGUAAUGCUUUGCCCAUCAAAUGGUUAAAGACCUUGAUGUAGCUUGGGUAAUCACAUUAUAAUUAUAGAAACGGCAGUCCCGUCUGUAAAAACAAUGUCCUCAAUAUUAACUACUUCUGUGCCAAAGACAUUGAUGCUUAAAUGAAGUACCUUUUGUACUUUGUUGUUGUUGUUUUUAUUGCGGAAAAUUGCACAUUAAAAUAAUUUGUUAUAAUUUAUUGUGAGGUCACAAUGCAAUGGCCUUAGAGGGCUGUCUCAAAUUUUAGGAAGCAGCUAUAACAAAUUUUUAGAACAGAGUUUGCACUGAUUUUAUCCUACAUAUAUUAUAUUUAUAAUAAUUAUUAAGUUUUGUUCUUUUCUCUCCAGACGAUAUGUACGUGCGGGUGUGGUAAAUGGCAUUAUUUAUGCAGUUGGAGGUUAUGAUGGUAGUGCACAUCUAAAUACAAUGGAGUGCUUUGACCCAAUGACAAACACAUGGAGAACUGUGGCCAGUAUGGCAAGUCGUAGAAGCAGUGCUGGAGUAGCUGUCCUCAAUGAUAUGCUCUAUGUUGUAGGUGAGUGGUACAAUAGGUAUUUAUGUCGUUCAUCUGAAUUUUAAAACAACUUGUGUCGGUGUUUAUAAAUGCUUGUCGCUUAUUGUUGGCUUUGCCGUCACUGUCGCAAUUUGGCCGAGGGGGCUUGUCUCUUGUCAUGAUUUCAUUUUACAUGCUGUCACUACUCUUUGGGCCAUGUCGCUUGUCGGAAUUUACCCUGGCAGGGCCUCAUUAGUGAGUUUACACAAUGACGUUUUUUAGGUGACACACAUUUACUGGAAGUGAACUAUUUUCAUUCUUGAGGAGUGGUUUUACCUAAAUGUUUGAUCAUAUUGAGACUAAAGUCACGUAGCAAUACAAAUUUGGAAAUGCUAUGGAAAAUAAAUAGACAAUAACAGGGGCUUGACACUUUGUACAUUGCUCAAUAAAGUACCUUUGCCUAAGCUCCCUAUUAUCACUGCCAACUUUGUUAAUUGCUUCUUAAAGUAUGCAGUGAAAAAGAAGGGGCUAAAAAAUAAUAGGUGCCUGGAAAUAUGGAGUUGUGAGUGUUUUGUGAUGAAAUGCUAGAUUCUCCUGACAAUAACCUUGCAUUUACUUGUAAUUAAAGGGAGAAUUUGGCAUUACAUCAGGAGUCCUCCAAGGCCUUAAUCCAUGCACCCCUCUUAGACUACAGAAAUGAUACUUCUAUUUUUAUGGGCAGUGAUUUCGUCCUGGAGAUACUACAUACUUGUAAGCUAUAGUAACAUUAGACACCUACAUAAUGCAGACUCUUGGUUCUGUCCAGGGUUCUCUGGAAGCUCCGGCAACCUGCAAAAAUGGCCAUCUAGUCAACAUGGAAGUGUCAGAAGCUUGUUUUUCUUGUUUUUUUUUCAGUGGGAUAUUGAUAAAUCCAUUCUACUUCUGUUUAUUUUGUUUCCCAAUUUAUUUGUUCAAUAAAAACAAACAUAUUCAUGACACUAAGUACGUACAUAUGGCAAAGAUUGGUAUUAAUAGGUGCCACCCUCUUUGAUAAUUUUUUCCUCUGGUCACUCAAAGUGCAUGCACUGAAAUGCACUUUCAGGCACCCAAAAAUUCAGAUACUGUAUUACAUGUAUCUCUGGGAGACUUCCGGAGUUCCCUAGCGAAAGUGUAGCCUUCAUCCUGUACCUAGCCAUCCCCCACACUGCUGUGUGCUCUGAAAGACAUACCUUUGGAUCUAUUUAUCAGCUGCUGCCUUCUUAAUAUAUUCUUUUCUCCCUUUACACUUAAAAUUAAUUUCCGAUAGAACCCCUGCUACACUGUAAGUUUGGUUGCAUUUUCCCACCAAGAAGAGAUAGUACAUAGAUUAAGCAAAUAAAGGCAGUGCAAGGUCAACUGAGAACCCAAAAGCACAUACUGAAUGUGUCAUGUCCAGGACUCAGUUUGUUGCUCUGCUGUUGGUCAAGCCAGUUUUUAGCUGUCAUUACCUUUGUUGUGUCCUCUUUGAAAAAUCUCCCUUAUUCAAUUUACUACAAGUACAGUCUCAGAUAAUCAAAUUAGAAUUUAACUCAUUCGGUUCACACCCUCACAUAGCAAAAUAGUACAUACUCUUCAUCCUGGUUUUAGCAGCAUGAUCUUUAUGAAUGGAACAUGGCCCUGAUAUAAUGUGAACCCCCCUCACCAUAUUUUUUUCUCUCCUCAGGUGGAAAUGAUGGGGCAUCAUGUCUAAACACAAUGGAACGUUACGAUCCUGUGGCUGACUCAUGGACUUGCCUUGCUCCGAUGAACACUCGCCGCAGCACUCACGAUGUGGCAGUUAUUGAUGGAACUCUAUAUGCUGUUGGAGGCAAUGAUGGCAGUUCCAGUUUGAACAGUAUUGAAAAGUAUGAUCCAGAGACAAAUAAAUGGACUUCUGUUGUGUCUAUGAGCACUAGGAGAAGUAGUGUUGGAGUUGUGGUUGCACAAGUUUUGCUACUGUGAGGAAAGAGAAACAUGGCUGAUUCCACAGUAGAGCAUUGUUUUUCAGUCUGUGUACAAUAUCAUAGUUCUGCUGCUUAACUGUCAAGCGGGAUUAGAGAAGUACAAUGUACCUACACUUAUGGAUUUUCAACAAUGAACUUAGAUCAUGUGUAUGAAGUGAAAAUAAUACUGAAGUUGAUAAAAUUUGUUCAAAAUUAAGUCAAGUAUAGUAUGUACAUGACUGUAUAGCACUUAACUUAGGCAUCAGUGUAUGUAGCAGGAAAUUGUAACAUUGAGUACACUAGUGUUGUCUGCUACUGGGGAUGGUACCAGCCUUUCAGCGCCAUUUGCAGGGCAAAGGCAGUACUUUCAUUUCUCAAUAUUUUGAGACCCUGAGUGUUGGUCAGGCCUUGGGGAUCGAACUUGUUAACUACCAUUAUGCAGUGAAGUACUCUACAGACUUAGCGAGUCCUGGUUCAGUAUGACAUACAGUGACCCUCAAGUUCUUACAAAAUGGGCUGAAAAGACACAUGGCUUUUAAGAUCAGUAGAAUUCUAGGAAAUUCUACACAUGGACCAUGAGGAAAGGAUUCCAUAAAUGAACUGCAGGGAAAAAGAAAUACUGAAGUGCACAAGGAGUGAUGUGAUGUAUUAUCUUGAUUCCUUAUUAUUGAAAUUAUAAGG